UUCGCAGUAUGUGAGGGGACGGACGCUAGCACACAAGCGGCCUGCAUCCGCGUCGUACACGUGACGCGACACACACACACAGACAUAGACGUGUGUGUGGCGCUAGCUAUGUGCCACACUGCUGCGAGCGUUCAGGAUAUUAUGAAGGCUAUAACAGAAGAAUUAUGCCCUAAAGUUAGAAGUAAACUGUCAGACUGUCUACAAUUUCUCCUGACUCACAACCCCGGUUCUGAAACUACUUCUGAACUUCUGAAGUUGGUGGGAGAACAAGCUGUGUUUAUGAUAAGCAGAUAUGAAUCACCCACAUUCAUCCCAGGACUAGACAUAACCAGAGCAUUUUUAUCAGCUCUAACCGACAACAAUAAUUUAACAACGGAACAUUUACCAACAAUACUAAAAUAUACUUCGAAAGCACCACAAGAUUACUCAGAAAUAUUCAAUACAGCAUCCAAUAUAUUUAUUGAGAAAAUCGAUCUUUUCAAUGAUAGUCAAAUUAUGGAUACUAUUGUUCAAAUUAUUGAACAUUUUUCAACAAAUAUUUUUACUGUUGAUGCAAUAGUUAGAAAAUCGGUGUGUAUCACAUAUGACUCUUAUGACAGCGAAGUUAUUAAUAUAGAAUCACAUUUAAACACUAUAUUAAGUUUCAUAAAAAGAGUAAUCGAAAAGAAGAAUUUAAAACCAGUAAGUUUCAUAGAAAUUGUACUAAAAAUGUGCGAAAAAUUGACAAUAAUUUCGCCACAAUUUUUGAACCUGGUAACAUUGUUAGCGUCCGUUAAUUUAAAUUUUGAAUUGGAUAGUAACGUUCGGAAAAAAGUCGUUUAUUUUCAAAAUGGCUUCCUACUUGAUGAAUUGGUGAAGAUAAGAUUGGAUGAAAUGGAUGGAAUAAAAGUUAAUUCAGCGUUAUUAUUUUUGAAAGAAUAUGCUGUUGAAAUGAAAGAAACUUGUGUUGAGAAAACCCUCAACUGUCUAGCAAAGAUCAUCGAACACAUACCUCCGAGUACAGUGUUGCUAGUCAAAAAAAAUCUUACUUCUUGUCUUGCCACCUACAAAAUAAAUUCAACCCUCUCUCCUAUUAUUAUUCAAAGUUAUGAAAAAUGGUGCAAAAAACUCGACUUGCAAAACAUAACCGAAUGCAUAGAAAAUAAAACUUUAAUAUCAGAAUUUCAGGAAAAAUACUCGGAAAUUGUACACGCUUUGAAAGUAUUUACUGAGAUAUUUAAAACUCCGAUCUUAGAAAUGGCAAAUUGGACUCUACUUUUGGUCAAAAUUUUUUCUCAGGAAGGGUUACAAUGGAGUAAAUUGUUCCUAUCGGAUGUAUUUUCGGUGUCCGAAAUAUGUCUUUCGGAGUCCGAUUUCGAAAUAAUUUUAGAAGAAAAUAUCGAUUUUGUUAAAAGCUAUAUUAGUGUAUAUUUUCGAAGGUUAAUAAAAAAGCCUUUUGUGGUUAAAAGUGAAAAAUGUGAGUUGCUACUAGAAGUAAUUGAGUAUUUUUCGAAAAAUUUCAAGGAAGAUAAUUUGCAAGAUGUUUUGGAUUUUGUUGAUCAUUUAUGGCCUCAUUUCGUCCAAACUCGUCCGUUUGACGACAAAAUAUCAGUACUUCUGAAUCUUCUGCGCUUACCUAAGUCUGUGGGCUUACACAACGCGGUCGUGAAGUGGGGGAUUAACGUGCUAUCUUCUAAUGCGAGUAUGGACGAGAAGAUUAAAGUGUUCGCUUGUUUACCCGCCGGAGAAGAAUAUGGUCUAUACUACCGCAGCUUCGUAUCGUACCUGCCGGUGCGUCUGUCAGAGCUGCAAGGGCGGUACAUACCUCCGUUCCGGGCGCUGCUAGACGCGCUCGCUAAUAACAUGGAUAUGACUUUAUUUGAUAUUGUCAUUACUUUGGCCGGAGGAGAUGACACCACAGGCUGGUGGGAUCAAGCCAUAGAGGCUUGUAUAACCUCUUUGGCUUCUAAGGAAGACAUCAGAAUUUACGACAAGGCGUAUGCGAAAGCUAAGAGUUCCAACUCCUUGGGGGGCUGUAAUAGAAUAUUUUUGCCUUUAUUACGGCAUUCGUCCCGCAAAUUCUGCGAGAAGUACAUAUCGACCAUCAUAACAGAUCUAUUCAAUACACUCCGCGUGGGCUUCAGAGAGCCAGCUAACAACGACGCGUAUAGAAAACGACUCGUUUCGUACGCUAUUGCAUUUAAUAUAUUGCAGGUUGCGUUUGAGAAGAUAUCUACAGAAGCUCUAGAAAAUGGUCCUAUCAACGAGAGCGCGGGCUCCCAAAAGCCAUGGUAUUGCCUAGAGCAGGCGUGUAAAUACUGUGUCACUGUGAGCUCUAAAGCUGUCUGUCCCGCUGCCGCCAGUGACGAACUGAGGAACACUUGCUUAUGGCUGCAGUGCUCAUCAUACAAUUGUUUGACGACAGCUAUAUGUCGUCGGAAACUCAGCAAGAACCUAUGUGCUAGAAUAUUCCAUGUGCAAGUGUGGGCUAAGAUUGUCGAUGUAGAUGCCGUUUAUGAGUUCGAUUUGAAAGAUCAUGCUAGAUAUAAGGGUCACCUUCCAGCCAAACGGCCAAUAGAUGCCGUAGCCACUUCAUCAUCGUUCUCCGGCACAGUCCGCAGCAGGUUGUUCCUCACCACGCUGUCGGAGAACCCACUGCAAUUCGACAUGAUACCCCUUGAUGAAGAAGAGGAAGAAGAAGAAGAACUACCCUCAAAAUACGAAGACAGCGUACUAAAUAAACACGGGUGUUUAUCUACCGUGACCGCGGCGUUAGAACACGCGGCCACGGUCCAACACACAGAGUGGAGGGAUGCCGUCGUUACUGCGGUCAGUUCUCAUGUAGCGCUCAAUGUCAAGUGGAUGUUAGCUCAGGCCAUUUGCAACGCGGAAGAAGCAUUGAAACCCCACGCUGGUGUUCUCACGCCAGCUUUAUUUCAGCUAGUAUCUGAUACUUGUACUAUCAGUAAUGGAAAGCAUGUCUUGAACAAUCUACAUGUUGAAAUUUUAACAACAAUAACGAAAUGGAACACCACAGACAUACAACCCAGCACCUAUCUAGACACGUCUAUAGAGUAUCUUAUCAAUACCUGCCUAGCAUUUAAACACAGAUACAAACUACACAGACGAUUGUUAAACGUACUAGAUGGUCUUAUGAAAAUAUUUGGAAAAAUCACCAAUGUUAAGUGGAGUAUAUUUCAAGAUAAUUUUAAAGAUAGCCAAAAAGACUACCUGCCAAUACUAGAACGAUUAUUAAGAAAUCACAUAUAUCUACCAGAAUUGUUACCAACCAUAUUUCUUAAUACCGAUUCAAACCAUUGGGGAGGCAACGUGAAGUUAGCGGAAGUUUCCGGUCUAGCAUUGUCUAUGGCAGACCCAGAGACAAGGAAGGAGUUUUUAACUAAAUUCUGGAAUAUUUUAAAUGGAGCUAGAAGUUCUAAUGCUUAUAGCGGUUAUGUGAAAAUAUUGUUUUAUGCGCAGAAAUAUUGUAAGGAGUGCUGUGAUUUUAACCAGUUGAAAAUAAUAACAGAUUUAGCGCCAAAACUCGAAAAAUCAAAAUGUCUAACAAUAAUAGCUAAUUAUUUAGAACAUUUUCCAAAUUCAGACGACUUUUUCACUGAAAUGCUGGAAACUAUUAACUUAAGAGAACUCUUAGACAGCGAUCUGAGGUUAGAGGCUAUGAAAAUAGUUAGAAAUAGCCUGAAAUUCAUGAAAAUGUUUGAUAGAGAGGAUAUUUUGAAAAUGGUCGGAGUUAAUUCUAAAAGUUCUUCUGUACAAGUAAGGAAAGAAGCGUUCGGUGUAUUUUUGGCUGCUUUUAAAGAUCUAGUCAAACGCGAAAACCAAAACCCUUUCAAAAGGAAAGCCAUAGACACCAGUCCAAUAUUAGACCUUAUUGAUACACAAACUACUUAUGAAAAACUAGUUUUGGAAAAUAUAUUCAAAGGUCUCUUUGACAAUGAUGAUGAUAUUUCCAAAAUGAUGACAGAGGGCGUUGAAGAGUGUAUUUCGAAAGAUUUUAAUAUGAGAUUCGCCGAACUAUUCUUCAUAAUAGUAUACCAAUGCAGUGUGUCAUACAAUGAUGUACUGGAUCUAAGUAAAUGUGGUGCCAAACUCCUGGAGAUGCUCUUCAGCGAUCUGAGGAGUCAGGAGGCUUUCAAGGUCAUUGCUUUGAGAGACCAGGGGUUGCCGCAGAGCCUUUUGAAAUCAUUUGAAAGCACUACAAGGCGAACUCGGACCAAUGUUAGAACGGUUGUAAGAUCUGGAGUCACAUAUAGACAGAGAACUAUAAAAGCAUCGCCAAGCCGAGAGAUCAAUGUACAGAUGACUAUAACAGAAAUCUUAGGCGUAUUUCUGCAAUUUUCAAAGACAAACACCGAAGUAUGUCAAGAGCUCUGCUCGCAGAUAAUGAAAUGUCUCCAAGGUACGGGUCGCAGGUUCGAUCUCAACUCUGUAAUGGCUAAACAGCUGUCUCAUAUUAUGAGGGAACCGCCUAAUUGUUUGACGCCAUUAGUUCUCGACGCCUGUAGGAUAUUUGUUAGAGAUGUCUGCUGUAUUCAAGGAUUUAAGCAAUCAAUAGAAACUUUGAAGUUAACAGUUAAAAACAGCGAAGGGUAUUCAUAUACGAAUAUAUUAUUGGAAGAUAUUUUACUCAGAAGUGGCGAUAAAAACCUUUUUACAUUCAGUAUGAUGAAAGAAGAUCCAGAUACCACUAUGAGAGACCAGGAGUUUUCGUUGCAAGGCUUAAUCGAUAUAUUUGGUACAUUAUCCAACUGGGAUGAUUUAAGAAUACAAGAUAAGAGACAGAUUGAAGAAUCUUUACCCCCGUUGUGGACUAGUAAUGAAGAUUUCACUGUUUCUUUGAGAAAUUAUUUUGAUACAGAUAAUAAGAAACUUGAUUACAACCUUUGGUUUAACAAAAUGGUGGCGUCUCAUUACCCGGAGGAAGUGACAGUCAACAAAAUAAACUGGUUGAAACAGACAGACAGAUGGCCGACCAGACACUUUGUUAUAUCUGCCAUAAUCGAAGCGCUGCAAUGGAAUCAAAAUGAGAGCAAGAUAUUUGGAGAAAUAGCUCCCAGCGACUGUCUUGCUGAAUGGGCGGCCCGGCUUAUGAUCAGGUCGUCAUACUACAACCAGCUGUCUGACUCUGACAGUUCUGACCGCGUCUCUCUGAGUUCCGACGAACUCUUCUACUGCAGAGAAGCGAAUCGGAGGCAAAUACCUUCUGUCGCUUUGCAGUGUGUCGAGAGGAAUAAACAGCGUCUACUAGACACAGAAAUUUUACCAUGGGUACAAGAGAAGGUGAAAGCCUACAGAUGUCUCGGCGUCAGGGAGAAUAAUACCAACUUGCUGCAAAAGGCUUUGGAUGCUGCAGAAAAACAAACAGUUCGAUUUGCGUCUCAAUCGACUUUUGAAACAAAUGUCUCUAUGCAGACGUUGAUAUUAAGACUACAUCAUGAUUUACAAUCAUUAUCAAUUAAUAAAUUAAAUGAUGUAUUACAAACAGUUACUAACUAUAUUAUUCGGGAGAAAGCAAAAGUAUUGUCUUCAAAUGAUUUGAAAACUCUGAAAUCGGUAUACGAAACUAGUAUGGUGUAUUAUGAUGAAAUGUGGGAUGAUAAUGAUGUAUCUAUACAAAAUGACAUUAUACAAAGGAUGGUUGAGAUAAUAGGAAAAAUGCUGGACUAUAAUUUGACUGAAGACCAUAAUUUACUAAUAUCUGUGUUAUUGAACAGAUUGGCUUAUCAUGAAACUACUAUAAGCGAUGUUACGGCCAAAAGUUUUAUUGAAAAGGUACACCGUAUAUUCCACCGCCUAGAUUUCUUCAGUGUUGCCAUACUCAAGAAAGUGUUAGCAGUGUUGCCAACACACGUUUUAACGGAAAAUUAUUUGAAUAAACUACAAGACAUACAGUUGGAUGUUUGUAAGGAGUAUUUCAAGUUAAUAUGUGAUGUUAAUUAUUCGUUGCUACAGUAUUGUAGCGAGUUGAGGCGGAAUAUUCUAGAUGAAGACGAAUUCAACAGCAUUUUCAAAAGGAUGAAAAACCGACUGUUUGAGACUAAACACGGAGGGACCGACUAUCAGUCGCUGAAUACGUUGAAAACUAAACUCUAUGCCUUGGAAAAUAUUACUGAUAUUGAUACCAAAGCGAAGGAAUUAAAGCUAAUUAUAGAUGAAUUACAUUUAAAAACUCAAAGAUCAGUUCUAAGGCUAUCUCAAAUAUGUCCCGAGCUAUGCUCACCAGCUAUAUUGGAGAGAAAGAAAGCGCAUUUACAGAGGCUGUUAAGAUUACCAGACAAUGUGUAUGUCGUUAAGUUUUUUGAGCAAAUCUCAGUAUUCACCGACGCGAUCUGUCGUCCUUGCGUCGUCAAAGCGUUGUUGACAAACGGACAAACGCGCCGCUUCAUAUGUAAGAGUGGUGAACCUUUGUACAGAGACGCGGCCGUACAGAGGACAGCGGCCAUCUUGUCUGUCACACAACCUGAGUUGCGUGUUAGGAGUUAUAAUGUAACUCCAUUAAGUGAGGACUCCGCUAUAAUAGAGUUUUUAGAAGAUCAUGUACGACUGAGAGAACUUAUUGAAGAAAAGCAUGAUAUUAAUAGUAUUGCUCCAAAUAAACCAUGGAAUGAGAAAGUAAUAUUAGCGCCAUCUCUCGCAAUGGAACAAUAUAACGACAUGUGUGCUAAAGUCACACCCUAUAUGUUGAGAUCUGCUAUAGAAAAUAAUUGUUCUUGUGUCAAAGAAUUUAUACAGAAGAAGAAAAUGUUCGAAGAUACAUUAAGUUUUAUGACUAUCCUAUGUUGGUUGUUUGGCGUAGGCGACCGUCACCUCCAAAAUAUAAUGUUCAGUAUGAGAGACGGCGGCUUGUGUGCAGUAGACUGGACGUCCGCGUGCCAGUAUGCCACUCGCGAGCCCGCGCCCGCCAGGCUAACUACCAAUAUUGUAGCUGUCACAGAUGUUACAGUACUAGAAAGUCGUCUGCAAACCAUAAUGUUAUGUUUGAGAGAAAAUGUGAAACUUUAUGAAGCAUUUAUAAGGACAUCUUUCUAUUGGUGCGGACCGGAAUUUAAAGAGCUCAAACACGUAAUAAACAUAUUGCAAGGAAAAGCAGUGUCCUACGGAAUUACAAGAGAGUGCAUUGAAGAAUCAAACAAAAAGUACAAAGUGGAAUAUAUCAAGUUGCUGGAUCAAGUUUUUGAGAAUUUCGUGCCGAAAGAAACAUACAGCGUUGAAGAACAGGUGUCCUGUCUUCUACAGCACUGCACAGACCCAAGAAUUUUAUCAAUAACGCCGUCGAAUUGGGAACCGUGGUUAUAAUCAAGUGGACCUACUGAUAUGAAUCAUAAUAUCUUACUCUUUUUUACUACGUACGUAAUUAUGUACUCAUUGUUUAUUUUUUCAAUAAAAGUUAUUGCUUUCUUUCAACAACA